AUGUCGCAGGAAUGUGCCUCCUCUCGGUGGCUGAGUCCUGCUGCUCUUGCCUCCGCUGCUCCUUUUUGCCCCUAUGCCUGUCUAUGCCCGCAAGACCCUGGCACGACACCCCCAAAUAGCUCAGACGAGCGACUCAUCGGUUUCUCGUCUUUGCUUAACACAGACAGACAUGCUGUCGCUUCGAGCCCAACUACGAAGCACCAGAGAGCAGACACCGGAUAUUCAGCCGGCGCAGGUGCCUCCGAGUUCCAACAGUGCCGACCUGUGUGUGACCAUCGGCGACACUAUCCUGGCCAAUCACAAAAAUGCCUCACGAUGCAUUACCGACAUCUGUGCUUGCCGAAAUUGCACCGGCUGUCACGAGCCGCGUCAGCAGAAUCACCAGACCACUUGACCGAGCGCGACAGCGUGGACACGCCACUCGAGUGGGCACGAGGACGGUCUCGACCGCUCGAUGUUUCGGAUAUACUUCCUAAGGAGGUCAUAUUCCCGUUUUGGCUUCUUGCUAGUCGGAAACCGACGGAAUAA